AUGACUGCAACUGCUUCCGUUGGCGAUGCGUACCAGGGCCACCUGACUGCGGGUGAUGGCAUGCUGGCGUCGCGCCUGCACAAGCCCACGCACGCUUCGCUGGUGCAGGUGGUGUUCAACAACGGCUCGUACAACUCGCACCUCAUCUCGCUCCAAAACUUUGCGCGCGGCGACAAGAUCAGCUCGUUCAGCCCGCACGCCGACUUUGCAGCCAAGAAGAGCUACUCGACCGUCCAAACGGGGGAGGAUACGCACAUUGAGCUCAACUCGGAUCUGCUCUACUGCAACCACUCGUGCGACCCCAACGUGGCGUUUGUGAUCGGCGAUGCCAAGGACAAGGCAAGCUGGUACGCAAGGGCCGAAAAGGACAUCAAGAAGGGUGACAUCCUCACCUUCUUCUACCCGAGCACCGAGUGGCACAUGUCGCAGCCGUUCGAGUGUGCCUGCAACUCGGGCAGCCGCUGUCUCGGCCAGAUCGACGGCGCCCAUUCAAUCGAGCCAAAGACGCUCAAGGGGUACUUUGUCAACAACCACAUCCUCGAGCUUAAGCGCAACCAGGUGCAGAGCUCCAACCUCGCCGACGCCGACAAGCAGGCCCAGCUUGCACUCCUCCAAUGA